AUGACCGGAAAUCCGGGGGUGGGGCCGGUUCGGAAAGAGCGGGAAGCCCAGGGCGCUUCUGAGCACGCGCGGGGCGUCGUCGCUCGCGCUGAGGAGGUCUUCUUAGGACGCAACCCUGGUGUCUGCUCCAAGAUCCUCGACCCCACCUUGGAGAAGAUGGAGUGUGAGUUGGGCGACCACCACGUGAAAGUGUUUGGGAGAGCAAUCCAUGCUUUAGCUCGAAUUAGUGAGGACCUGUGGCUUGACCCUACUGAAAGAGGUCUUGCUCUGCGGUCCGUGAAUUCUUCUAGAUCAGCUUAUGCAAGUGUUUUAUUCCCAACUUCAUUCUUUCAACUGUACCAAUGGUCAGCUACGCCUGAAAUAUGUGACAGUAAUAUGCCAUUGCGUCUAAAAUGUAAAUUAGGAAUGAAGUCAGUUCUGCCCAUAUUUAGAUGUCUGAAUACACUUGAAAGAAAUGUGGAAAAGUGGAAUAUUUUUACAAGCGCUAAUACAUGCCAUGUGAUUAUUCAGCUCUUCUGCAAACAUGGCAUUAUAAAAACUCAUAAUUUGGCUUUUCAAGAGUCUGAGCCUUUACAAGCUGCUUUUGCAAAGAACAUGUGUCCUAAUAUAUUGAAGGUUCAGUCAAGGUUGCUGGCUGAUAUAAUGGUUCAUUUUCCAUUGAGUCAAGAAGAAAUUACUUUAGCUGUGACACCAAUGAAAGUUUGCUUUAAAAGCUAUGUUGAGGAUGAAAUAGGUUUUGCCAAGUCUAUGUACACUGAAAUGCAUCUCGAUCCUGAUGAAUUUGACUACUUUCAAGUUGGAGUUGACAUUGAAGUAACAUUUUGUCUUAAAGAACUGAGGGGACUACUGGCAUUGUCAGAAGCUAUAACUGCUCCUGUAUCUAUUUAUUUUGAUCUUCCUGGAAAACCUGUGGCUUUCAGCAUCGAUGAAAUGGUCUUAGAAGCCACUUUUAUUUUGGCUACAUUAGCUGAUGUUCAAAGUGAGAGAUCUCCAAGUUCACUGUGCCUUUCACAAAGACUGAAAAGGUCAGAUCUGAUAAAGUCAAAGUCAGACACUGAAGGCAAUCCAAUAAACAUAGAGAAGGAGUUGACCACAGUCAAAGCAGCAUCCAAGAGACCUUCAUACAAUGAGAGAGAGAUUAAUGCCACUGAAUUAGAAAGUUUUAGUAUUCCUGCAGUGAAAAGACUGGAUACACAUAUCCCUGAAGCAACAGAAAACUACCUUAGUGUCAUGGGAAAGGUGAUGCCAAAGACUCAAGUCUAUGAUAAGUUUUGUUCCCUGUUUUUUGGAGCAGUUUCACCUAAGCAACACUUCAACCGCCCAUGGAUCAAUCUGGAAACAGUGAAUGACAGUGAAGAUGUUAGUAAUGGCCCACUCUCUCAAGUCUUCUAACAUAUUUUAAUGAUGGCUCCAGAAGCUUGGCUUCCAGACUGUCAACUAGAUGACCCAGCUCUCAAACAUGCAUCUGUAUUAAUAAGUUCCUAUAUAUGUUCUCAGUUUACAAGAGAACCCCCUAAGGGGUUCAUAGUACUUAGUUCUAAUAGCAUUGAAAAUGAUGUCACUUUAAAUAGCAACUGUUAUUAAAUGUGUUUGGUUGUAAAGGCUAGGCCAUUUUAUUGUGAUCUUUGAUGUCUUGGAGGAGGCACAAGGUC